GUAAUGCUAAUGUUGUACUCCUUCUUCCGUCCGACUCCAUUGUGACCAUUCCUGCGCUGGCUGCACGUUCCGAAGGAGGCAUAUUAACGUCUUGGAAACACAAACAACAAUUAAAUCCCACAAUCAGAAGACCAGAUUUUCUUCCUGAGACGAUACCGGCAAAUAAUCAGAUAUAAAAUGGCUGAAGAUAAGGUAGCUGAGACCCCCAAGCGCAAAGCAGGGAGGCCUCCAAAGCCUGAAAGUGAGAAGAAACAAAAGGUUGUAGCCAAGGCCUCAGAAGCAAAGAGAGGCCGAGGCCGACCCAAGGGCAGCAAAAACAAGCCUAAGAAGUUGGUAGUAACAAAGGGAAAGCGUGGUCGUCAGGCAAAGAAAGAGUCUGCAUCUGAGGAGUCUGCUGAAGAUGCAGAGUAAAUUUGAUCUUUUCAUUCAUGGAGAUCAAGUUGCCAUCACCCCUUGGCUGACCUACCUUCUUGAGAUGUCAUUACUGAAGGCUGGUUAUUACCAGCUCUGGGCUUUGUAAAAUAUCCUUGAUAUUUUUUUAUUAUGAUGCAUGCAGGAUAACUGCAGUCUGCUCAUCCCUCAAGCCAGGUUUAUUAAUGCUGUAUCUUGAACUUCCAUAGUCAAAAUUAUUUAUCUUUCUAUAUAUUAAUAAUGGUAUAGAUUUGAUGUCUCAAGGAGAAAGGAUUUCAGACAGGGUUAGAUGGUGAAGUGGUUAGGUGUUUUUUUUGUGCGGUAUUGUAGGUGUAACAUUGUGUGAGAAAUUCAUUAUCAUUCUCUAUUCAGAGUACAAAAUGUGUAGCGAGUUAAAGUUGUGUUUUCUUUUGUUCACAUAAGAUGGGAAGAAAGAUCUGAUGUCCCUUUUUUAUCUUCAUUCAUGUACUGUAUUAGUGCAUUCAAAAUGGGUCUCAAGUCCUUGAGCACUUUUUCAUUUAGGGACCAAUCCCAGGUCAUAACAUUGAGGUAAGCAUCUUAAAUGUGCGAUUUUUAAUUAUAUGGAAUAAAAUUUUAGUUCA